CAAACUUCAGUCGACCAAUUCAACGCCCAAGGAAUCAUCAUGUCGGACGGAAAGGACAAGAGCGCCAACCCCAUGCGCGAGCUGCGCAUCCAGAAGCUGGUUCUGAACAUCAGUGUUGGUGAGUCUGGUGACAGACUUACUCGUGCCGCCAAGGUGCUUGAGCAGCUGUCUGGUCAGACUCCGGUUUACAGCAAGGCCCGCUACACUGUCCGUACCUUCGGUAUCCGUCGUAACGAAAAGAUCUCCGUUCACGUUACCGUCCGUGGCGCCAAGGCCGAGGAGAUUCUCGAGCGUGGCCUCAAGGUCAAGGAGUACGAGUUGAGAAAGAGGAACUUCUCCGAGACCGGUAACUUCGGCUUCGGUAUCAGCGAGCACAUCGACUUGGGUAUCAAGUACGACCCCGGCAUUGGUAUCUACGGUAUGGACUUCUACUGCUGCAUGACCCGUCCCGGUGAGCACGUCGCCAAGCGCCGCCGCUGCAAGUCCCAGGUCGGUGUCAACCACCGCAUCAACAAUACCGAGACCAUCAAGUGGUUCAAGAACCGCUUCGACGGUAUCGUCCGGUAAAUAUGAUAUCUCCUUCAUGGGCCUUCUGGGGAAAAGCGUGUGGGGGUCGUGUUUAUUUUACGAUGAAUUGAACAAAAACUUUUCUUCCGAAAGAAAAAAGGGCGGCAGGCGUUUUCUCGUUCCGGGCAUGUCGCACUCCAAAUACUCCUUACCACGACAUAAAGUUAGAUGUGUUUUAGCGAUAUCAAACUACCAAGUUUUACAGAAAAACGCAUCUACUUUUCACAAUGAAGGCUUCACGAAGGGUGAAUGUUUCCGCA